UUAUUUAACAUUGUUGUGUCGUGUAUUUGGCGCAGCGCGUUUGCAGGUUACAAGAAACUAGCGUGGAGUCGUGUACACGGAAAGGGGGUGUGUGAGGAUAGUGGCAGCGUUUCAUGCAGCUCCAGUGGACACCUAAAGCGGGACUCACUGGUGUGUGCGCGCGCGUGUUGUAAGGAGAGCUAACACACUCUCACACACUUAACAUUUGGACACAACAUGGCGAUGAGGCGCCGAGAGACACGACGACUCUUCCCCGACUAACACAACCACGUUAUGUUUAUAGGUGGGGAAAGCGCGCUACAGGGAAAUACGUGAAAUUACGUGCAACUAAUUAAACCUGAAGAGAUUUUUCCCGAAUUCCAUUAACUUAUAUGCAUGUAGCUGCAGCGGUCAUAUAAAGCACACACUGCUUUACCCCGCUGCUGGAAAUCAAACGCUCUACAUGGCGGUGGAGAAUAUCUGGUUCUUCUGUCUACUUACUCUGGGUUACUGUGGAUUAUCCGUGCAAGAGAAGCCCAUAUCCGUGGAGCUGAGCUGUGGUGCUGGUCCUGUCCAUGUGGUUCUGGAGCCUGAUCACCCUCUGCUACUGGAAUGCCACCUGGGGGCCAGUGAGCCCCCCCUCAACGUGACCUGGCUGCGGGAUGGGGUGGUUGUCUCAGAAAGCCAGACCAUCCGGCCUUUGCCCAACGGAUCUCUACUCAUCUUGCCCUCUUCCACGGAUGGCCAGGCUCCAGCGGGUGUGGAGGGCGGAUACAGUUGCCUAAGUACCAGCUCGACAGGAGCGCUGACCAGCCGGGCUCUCACCCUGCAUCUCGCCAGCUUGUCUCGUUUUCUUCAGGAUCCUGAACCUCAGGUUGUGCCAGUAGGUGGCACUGCCCGGUUUGAGUGCUAUGUAGAUGGCUUGCCCACCCCAAGUAUCACCUGGGAGAAGGACCAGGAACCCCUACCUGCACCCACAGAACCUCUAGAACCAUCCAGGUACAUAUCUCUUCCUAAUGGGGUGCUACAGAUUUUACGGGUCACUAAAGAAGACGAAGGCUUGUACCGCUGCGUGGCCUUCAACUCUGCCCGCAAGCGCUUCAGCCAAGAUGCUUCUCUCACAGUUAGCUCAGGUGUGUCUCAGGAGAGUGAGGUGGUGAUUGUGGCUCCACCACGGAACUCUACAGUGGUCAUGGGUCGUCCGGCUGUGAUGGAGUGCAUGGCUCAGGGUGAACCCAAACCUUUCGUAUCAUGGAGCAGACAGGAUGGGAAGCCUAUAGCUACAGAUGUGGUUGUCUUGGCAACCAACCUAGUGAUUCCUGACACCCGCAGUCACCAUGCUGGAGUGUAUGUGUGUCGUGCCAACAAACCCAAGACCAGAGAUUUCGUCUCAUCUCCUGCUGAACUUCGAGUACUGGCUCCACCAGUCAUCCUCCAGCCCCCAGAGGCGGUGUCCCUGUCCCGGGGGAAUACAGCUCGGUUUGUGUGUAAUAGUUCUGGUGACCCUCCCCCUGCUCUGCGCUGGCUGAAGAAUGGUGAACCGGUCCAGUCUAAUGCCCGGGUUAAGACUCAGAACCCUGGAGUUCUGCUCAUCAACCAGCUGCGGCUGGACGAUGCGGGAUACUACCAGUGUAUUGCUGCCAACAGCCUGGGCACUGCCUGUGCCACUGCCAAGCUGUCUGUCAUUGUGAGGGAGGGGCUGCCUAGCCCUCCUCGUCAUGUGUCGGCCAUACCCCACUCUAGCACUUCUGCACUGCUCACCUGGGACCCACCUGAACAUAACAGUGACCAGAUAAUCGGAUUUUCAGUACACUACCAACGCACAGCAGGCUCAGACAACAUGGAGUAUCAGUUUGCAGUGAAUAAUGAUACAACAGAGCUGCACGUAAAGGAGCUGCUCCCUCACACAGCCUACACUUUCUAUGUAGUGGCCUACUCGCUCAUGGGGGCCAGCCGCCCGUCACUGCCUGUUACCGUGGAGAUGCUAGAGGAUGUUCCCAGUGCUUCUCCACAGCUGUCCCUGCUGAGUACAUCUCCCACUGACAUCAGAGUCAUGUGGCUACCUCUGUCCUCACAGCUGAGCCGCGGAGCCAUCACACGCUACCGCAUUGACUACAGAGCGCUGGAGCAGGUGGAUCACAUAUACUCUGUGGAAGUGGGUGGGAAUGAGACACAGGUGACUCUAAGGGAUCUGAAACCAAAUCAAACAUACCAGCUCCGGAUUGCGGCGGGAACACGAGCUGGGUUUAGUCAGUCUUCUGAGUGGGCCUCGCACCACACACCAAACCUUACUCAGGUGCUCUUUGCUCCCACUGAGCUCAAAGUGAGAGCCAAAAUGCAUUCCCUCCAUGUCACAUGGCAGCCACCACCCAAUCUUACUCAGAUCACCGGCUUCAAGCUUUCCUGGCGGGAAUUGGAUGGAGAGGAGCUGGCAAAUGAGGAGAAGCCUAUGGUCAAUGAGAGGAUUCAACAGAUCAAACUGAGGAAGAGAGUUAAACACCAUGAGGUCACAGGACUUGCUCCUGAUCGGCUGUAUGAGCUGAAGGUUUGGGCGUUUAAUAAACAGACUGAGGGUUAUCCUGCUGUCUGGAAGGGCAGAACAGAGAAGCUCACACGAGUGCGGACAACAGACUCUCUCCCACCAUUGCCACCCAUCAGCGUCAGAGCUCGUGCAAACAGUUCCACUUCUAUCUGGCUCCGCUGGGAGAAACCGCACUUUAGCAAUGUGCGAAUCGUCAACUACACUAUACGCUGCAGCCCCGCAGGAAUACGCAAUGCAUCGCUGGUCUCAUACUAUAGCAGCUCUUCUCAGGAGAUUUUACUGGAAUCACUGAAGCCCUUCACAAGCUAUGGAAUUGCUGUGCAGUCUAACGGAGCUGAUAUGAGAGGCCCUUUCAGCAGCACAGUGGAGGAGUCCACACUUCCAGACAGACCCUCCUCUCCUCCUCUGGAUAUGCAGUUGAGUGCACUGGACUCAUACUCUGUUCUUGUGAGCUGGCGCCCUCCACUGGAGCCAAAUGGUGUCAUUUUGACCUACUGGAUCCUCUACACUGGCAACAUCAGCCAUCCAGAUCACCUGUGGAUAAACCUCACACAUGACGGUUCUGUUACCAGUGCAGAGGUCCAAGGCCUGAUGACUGGGAUGCGUUAUUAUUUUAAGAUGGGGGCCUGCACUGAAGUUGGGGUGGGACCAUAUUCACCUGUGAAGGAUGUCUUUACUCCUCCAAAGAAAUAUGAGCUGGAUAUCCAUGCUGUGACUGGUAUCAUAGUUGGAGUGUGUGUUGGUCUGCUCUGCAUCCUACUCUGCAUGUGUGUCAGUUUCCGCAAUGGAAAAACACGGGAUGUGUCUGGUGGACUUGACUCGAGUUCUUUGAGUCCUCCGUACAGGAAGGGUGCCCGUCCAGUGCCUGCUACUGCGCCUGACUGCCAUGAGUUGGAAACCCUCAUGCCCUCUAGUGCAGAAGACCCCAACAAACCCCUCACAGACCUCACUGAGCAACAGAGUCUCAUGGGUAACAUAGAAGGGGCUGACGAUGGCCUUGCAGAAUCCAAGCCAGCCUGGAAUGGAUCCGUUAGUCGGAACUGGGCCAAUAGGAUCACCAGAUACAGAGAUACUAUAACUGAGGAUUCUUCUGCUCUCAUCAAUGGAGCUCUUGAGGGACCACCGUCAGAGAACAGUAAGAGCGGACAUGUGGAGAGGCUGUAUUCCUUCAGCAAGAACCAGGUGGAGGCUGAAGUCAUCGUACAUUCACAGCUGUGUAGCACGACGGUUGACCAGGGUUCACAAAGCGACAUGGAGCUCUCUCUGGAGUCUCCAUCUUCCAAGCACCCUUCUCCUGGAGAGAAGGCAACUCCAUCAAACCCGCAUCCAACUUAUGCUCACAGCAAGAACAACCAUGAAACUCAAUCUCCAUCUCCGACCCCCAGCACUCACAUCUCAGAAGUACUGUCCAAUCACAAUGGACCAUUUGAGAGUGGACUCAGCCAGCCGACAGUGGGCAGUGCCAAAAACCAAGGUGUGGGGCUUACUAAUGGCUUCCACUCAUCCAAACCCCUUUACUCAAAGGCAGAGACCCUGGAGAACGGUGUCCACAGGCUGUGCCCUACAGGGAAGGUUCUGCCCUCACCAGGUCUCCCCGCUUCCCCCUCAUCCCUUGUCAGCUCUGGCCUUGUCCACUCUACCUCAGGGGCGCAUAACUAUAUGUACCCCUAAGCUGGAAGGAAGAGAAGCAUAAAAAAUGGUGUUCCGAAAGUUCUGGGACAGAGAAGGACAACAGAGGAGACCAACGAGUGGCACCUUCCUGCUGGAGAAGUUGAUAUUUUCUCAUAGCCACGCACGCCUCUUCUCUUGGCUGUUUUAUUGCAAACUUUUGGUUCCAUUAUUUUAUAUGUAUGUACAUAUAGAAUAUUUUUUUAGCACUAGUAUCCAUGGAAAUGCAUUUUAGGGCAUAUCAGUGGCACACUUUAACCCCUCUUUGUGUGCAUGUAUGGAAUGUGCUGAAGUGAAGUGGUUUAUAUGUUUACAUGCACACGUGAAGUCAGAGUGUUCUUACUCUGAGGUGAAGUCGAAGGACCCUAAAAUCAGCCCUGCAUAUAGAAACAGAACUCAUUCUCGGUCCGAGAUCAGUGCCAAUGGGUGAAGAUCUUGUCGGAGAAGAUAACCCUGCCACAAAGUACCACCUCCUGCUGUCUCAGGGUCGCCACACAUAAACACACAAACACACACAGAUCUGUGCUUAAAAUGGUUGUUCCAGAAAAUUAGCACCAUUUUUCAAUUCUACGUGGAUAUUGUGUAUCCAUGUAUUCCGAUUGUUCACCCGUAAAUGAACAUUUUGUCAUUUACUCUUGCUGAUGUUGCUCCAAACCUGUGCAUGGACAAAAAUGUUGUUUGUUUUCUGCAGAAGUAAGAAAAUCCUACAGGUGUGGAACAACUUGAGGGUGAGAAAAUGAUGACAGAAUUUUCAUUUUUGGGUAAACUGUCUCUUUAACUUGAUCAGAUCAGAGGUACAUUUUCAUAUACAUACAUACGCAAACAAACCAGAAUACAAUACAAAUAAAAACACACAUUCCCUGACUGGAGCGUAGUGUCUCAGGAGUCUCAAAUUCAAAGUUUAUUUGUAUAUACACGACUGCUGUAUCAAAUACUUGUAGAAAAACAUGACAAAAAUGAAGAAAAAAAAGGAACACUAAGAGUCCAUGUACAUUUUCUAUCAUUUCAACUCUGAGUGUACUUGUAAAGACACAUUGAUUCAUGCUCCAAGUUUUUCUCAGUUAACAGCACUACCUCAUUUCUUUACAGGAUUGCUUUUUUUCCUGUGUGAUUUUAUGAGUAUAGUUAAGAAGGCAACUUCUUAGGGGCGGAUUUGAAGCCGCCUGAUUUAUAGCCUUUGGAUAAUAGCAGAAUCUACUGCCCUUCUCACUCUGUGUCUGUAUUCUUGUGUAACGGUUACUGAAACUUUCACCUGUGUGCAAGCAUAUGGUCAUCUGCUUGUGUAGUCCUUUGCUAUGGAAAAGAAAAGCUUGAUCAUCACAACAGUUUUGCAAUAUACCCUUCAGAUGAAGGGGUAUAAACACAGUGUAAGGCAAACCACACGGUUUAAGAUCUACCUGUUGACAUGCCAGUCAUCUCUUUUUCUCAGGAACUUCUACGCAGGGAGUCUGAGAAGAACAUUUUCAGCCAAACUAGGAAAUGGCAUACAUCUCUCAGAGGUCUUGUCAUGUGUAC